GUCCGAUUCGUAGUGCAAACACGUCGUAGCUCACCGUCCUUGAAAUCUAAAUUUCGAAGCUUCCCCGAAAGGUAUGGAAAGAUAGAUGGAUACCUCCUUCACAUUCCAUACCAGGAAGAAAAACGCUACCUCUUCUUCUUCGAAUCCAAUCUCUGCUCAGAGCUCUCGAAUUCGGGAGAAAAUAUAGUGUAAAUUAAAUUUUAAAAAUCCCACAUUGUGGCAGCUUUCGUUGACAAUCAGUCGAACCAGAAGAAGAAAGGGCGUCUGCGUCUGAGUCUGAGUCUGAGCCUGAACCUGACUGGCAGAGAAGGGAAGAGAAUGCUCGUUAUACAUUCAUUUGAUAUUUUCGGUACAUAGUUAAUUAGCAAGCAAAUGUUGCUCUCAAACCCUAGCUUCCCUUCGUUUCCUUCCAUUUCCUCUUUUCGCAACUCUCGCAAGCUCUCUCUCAAUACAACAGUGCGUUGCCAAGCCGCGGACCUACCUCUCGGUGGAGGUACCACCCCUCCUCGUUGGUUCCAAGUUCCUGGAGCAGUUGAUGCUCCCAAUUCCUCCGGUCUCGCUCAGGAUUCGAAUGGAACUGUCGCCGAUGGUUUGCGAAGAAGCCCAGUUACUAAUAAUAACACUACCAGAGCGAAUGCGAAAGAGAAGCGAUGGUCUCGCCACAGGGAGAGCUACCUCGCUGAUGAUAGCGAUGCCCUUCCCCUCCCCAUGGCUUAUCCCGAUUCCUCUCCUGUAACCCCCGAAGAGAUCGACCAUCGCCUCCGUUGUAAUCCCCAAUUUCAGGACUGUAAAGAAGUGGUUUAUGAAUGGACGGGGAAAUGUAGGAGUUGCCAAGGUUCUGGUUUUGUCAGUUAUUACAACAAAAGGGGGAAGGAGACUACUUGCAAAUGCAUCCCUUGCCUUGGAAUUGGUUAUGUUCAGAAAAUUACAGCUCGCAAGGACAUUGAAGUAAUGGAGGACUUGGAUAAUGGAAAGCCUCCCUGACUUGCACAUGCAUAGUUCUUAUCUUGUGAUUUUUUGUUUCAAUUCUGAUGAGCUCCCAAUGUUUUUUUUUUAUCUUCUUCUUUGUAAUGCAAUUUGCUCUUUACUCCGAGUAUAUAUUUUACUACAUACCGAUAAUGAAGAGGAAUUUCCAUCUCAA